AUGGCCGCCCCUACUGCCCCCGGUAUGAUGCAAGCUGUGGUUUUCCACGAGCCGUACAAGGUUGCCGUGGAGCAGCGGCCUAUUCCUACUGUGCUGGAUCCUGAGGAUGUGGUGAUUAAGGCGACAUAUACGGCGCUUUGUGGAAGUGAUUUGCACACUUACCGUGGUGUUGAGCCUGCUUCCCCGGGCUUUAUCAUGGGUCAUGAGUUUGUGGGUGAGAUUGUUGAGCUUGGCAGUGCGGUUAAGAGCUUCAAGAUGGGCGAUCGUGUUGUUAGCGCUUUCACAACUUCGUGUGGCAAAUGCUAUUACUGCAAGCAAGGAUUCUCCUCUCGCUGCGAGAAGAGCAAGCUCUUUGGAUGUGAGGUCCUGAACGGUGGCCAGGCUCAAUAUAUCCGAAUCCCCAACGCUGAGGGCUCCGCAAUGAUUGCCCCGGAAGGUGUCGACGACAAAUAUCUCGUGCUCAUGGGCGAUAUCUUCCCAACGGGCUACUUUGCCGCUAGCAACGCAUUCAAGAACUCCACAGCUGAGCAAAUCGCCGAGCAAACCGUAGUCAUUAUCGGCUGUGGUCCUGUCGGUCUUUGCGCGCUCAUCAACGCACUCGAAUUCAAGCCUAAGCAUGUUCUGGCUGUUGAUUCUGUCCCUUCGAGACUUGAGCUUGCGAAGUCGCUUGGUGCUGAACCGUGGAACUUUAUGACCGACCGUGAGGCUCUAGAUGAGCGUGUUCUGGAGUUGACGGACGGCCGGGGUGCUGAUGCUGUGAUUGAGGUUGUGGGUUUGAGCCCUGCUUUGCGGACUGCUUAUGAUCUUUUGCGUCCUUGGGGUACUAUCAGCAGUGUUGGAGUUCAUAAUGCUGAGAUUCCUUGGGGUGGUGCUGAUGCCUACAACAAGAACCUUACUGUUCAGAUGGGCCGGUGCCCCGUGAGAUCGGUUGCACCGCAGGCUUUGGAGAUCUUGAAGAAAAAUCAGCAUAAGCUGGGAUUCAUGACUGAGAAGAUGAUGCCGCUGUCACAGGCUGUGGAGGCAUAUGAGCUGUUCAAUGCUAUGAAGGUUCAGAAGGUUAUCUUCUUGCCUGACCAGUAG